GACGACCAGUUUCGCUGUCGGACCGUAGCAGUCGGAGCACCACAAUCCCACUCAAAGAAAAUUCAGAAGCAUUCGUUUUUUUGUCAACACUCUGUGAACUAAUGUCAAGUACUCGGAAACGACGCUUUGAACUAAGCGCGAGUUGAUUUCGCUAUGAAUGCAUCCAAAAUCUUUCCCUGGCCGAAAUUACAUCCACUUUUUUCGUCCUCUGCUCAACCGCUUCGAUCUUAGAUUCCAACGCGAGAGCAGCCUCUGCCCCCCUCUCCAAGAAGUAUUGAGCAGAGAGGAUGUUAGAAGGGAAAAAGAAACAUUUCGGAUAGCGCAACACUGCAGUCAGUGAGAUACGUUAAUCCACGUAAGAGGCCGGUACGCGAACAUUCUUUUCAAGAAGAUCUUCGGUGAACAUUGGAACGAAAAAAGACAUGUGUUUCUGACUCGCCUUGCCACCGGUAAGAACUGCUUGUCCUGCCACGAAACGGUUCUCAAAAUCGUUUGAGAUUUUGCGAGACAUCGAACGCACAAAAAAACUGCAGACAACAGUGCACAAGUUUUGCCGCUUCUUUGAAGACAGCUUUCUGGAAAACUCCAUCAGUUUACCACUUCGCUUUUUCCUCGUGAACCCUCCGUUUUUGUCUUCCUCGAAUGACGGAUUCGGUUGUGGCACGGAGCCUGUUGUCUGCCAGCUCUCCACUACUCCACGAGUUUGACGAAACUUUUGUCUCUGCAGUUCGUUAAAAGCCACACGAAAGGUCAGCUGGUCUGCGCCGAAACGACGCAGGGAAAAACUUUCCUUUGAGACCCCUUUCCCCGCAACUCUGUGGAGAUUCGGGUGGCUGCGUUACGUCGGACUCAAGUUGCGGACCGAACCUUGCAACGAGCUGGUGCUCCUCAAGAAAGGUCAAAUUUUCGCGGGAAAAGUAGCUUUUUGUGGAGACUCGGACCGCAAGAAACCCCUAGUCUGGAGAUUUUGGUCUUUCUCAGUUUCUAUCUGGAAUUCCUGGGUUUUUCAGAUCCUGAGAGACUCGUGUGUGGCGCCACGUUUUUUUUUGAGAAAGCUUCGCUCCCGAGAAAAGGGACGCUCGAUGAGCUGCGACGCUGUCUGAGGUUUGACAACCGGUUCUCCUCCUACCUGUGAGUUUUUCCUCGAUUUUCGGACAGAAAUGAGCCCGCUUUACGAAGCGUUUAUUUCCUCGACACAGCGCAACUCACUGCGUCCUUCGAUCCGGUGUUUCCCAGUCGUCGCUUUCUCAACUGCGGUGUUGGGGGUCCCGUUUGCGUCCUCAAAACUUGCAGUUCGUGUAACCUGCCGCCCAAGCGGUCUUUAAAAGCCGUACACAAACCAGAUUGACAUGUGCUCAAUAUUUGUCCCGCAUAUUCGUGUCUCCCUUCUUUCGGCCACUCGUCUGUCUUCUCACCUCUACCUCUUUGUUCCACACGGUGAUCCUUUUCUCACGAACACAAAGUUUUUUAUGUGGCACAGAGAAACGCUUUUCUUUAUCGCGAACCCGUUUCCUCUGGCAACUCUGCACGAUACAAAGCACUUUAGCCUUUCCGUAGUCAACUGUGGGCGCAGCAAUCCUUGUGUGCAAAGCUUUUGGGCGUAAACCCCCGUGUUCACCGAAUUCCGUUUCACCGGCAGAUUUCCCGGAUUUUUCCGUCGCGAAACAGACAGUUUCGUUGUUCUCGGUUGCCGACACAAGAAUAUGAAGGAGAGGAGAAAAAGGAGCUCUUGCCAGCACCGAAUUCGUGCGCCAUGCUUCUUUCUGGGGAGUAUGCACCCCGAGUCCGGCUCUCUGCGUAAAUCUUGAAAAUCUUUGUUCUUCGGAUCCGACCGCCUUUUUCUUUCAGCCGUGAGGGCUAGCGGAAUUGGACGCAGUCUCCGGUAGAGGUGAAUGUAAAACUUUCUCAAAUACCAGGUGUGGAUUCUUGUUCCAGGAAAAAGCAACGCCCGCGUUCUCAGCUGGUCCUCCCGUGGUGGAGAAUGGCGUGUUUGUUACAACGCAGGGGGUUUCCAACUUUCGACAAACACCUGUCUGUUGACAAAACACAUGCACAUAUUUCGGACAGGCUCUGCGUGUCUCUAACUGCGGUCGCGGUCGCUGUUUCUUCUCGUGAUUCAGAGUCUUCUGUGUCACUUUCUGUGCCGAUUCGUUUUUCUUCGGUUCCCUGUUGAGGCCUCUGUGCACCCCGCUGGCCGUGACAGGCGAACGCGUGAACAGUGCGUGUGCAGACGAAUCCCCCUUUGACCGUGACCUCUAAAAAGAGCAAAAUUGUCAUUGCUCGGUGGGGAAGAAGUGACUAUCACAGACCUUCCUCCACCAGCGUUGAAUUCGUGGCUUUCGUGCGUGUCGUUUUCUCGUAAAGACAUCGACUCUGAAGCAUGACGAGUUUCUCGAGAGGCACGCAGAGUACCCCGGGGACGGGAGUCGAUUCCGUUUUUCCUGCAUCCAUGGGGGUGCCUACGCCUGCUCAAGUUCCACAGUUUCCUUUCUCUGCUUCUCCGCCCGCGUACCCGUGGCCGCCCGGGACUGUGGGAGCUGCACCCCAGCAGCCGAUGAUACCUCCAAAUCUCGCUCUCGCAAAUGCAGAGACCGCUGCUCUCGUCGACUUGGCAGGACACAAGCGACGAAGACAUCACCGCCGUGAGACUGGUCGGCGCCCUCGACUCGAACUUCACACUAUCGAUUGGAACCUAUCAACAGCAGUUAGCGGAGAUCACUGCGGAGCACAGUCUUCUCUUGGAGGACCAAGCGAAGCUGGCCGCGUUCAUUGAACCUUAUUUAGAUGAAGAUGGUAGAGUGAUUGGAGAGUUUGACGAAACGCUUUUGCUGUUUAAGCAAGGACUCGACCUCCGCCUGCUCGAGUACGAGGAAGACUGUCGUCGAAUUCAGCAAACCGAGCGCCGUCUCCAACGUCACAUCGACGACAUUUGUCUGCGUUACGACUCGAUGGUUAUGGAAGCCCAAGGUUACGCGGAGUCUCGUCUCCUCGGUCAAGUUAAAGAUCUUCAGCGAGUGAUCUGGAUACUUCACAGCGAACUGGAUGAACUGCGCUUUCAGAGGGAUAUCUUCGCCGACGAGACGAAGCGGCUUCGCGGGAUCUGUCGAUUCGGACACUGGAUUCAAGACGGUUACGGUGUCGGAGAACGCGAAGAUCCUAUCGCAGAUAUAACAGGUGCUCAGGACCGAAAAGCCCGUCAUGUGGGAUCCUUCGACUCGGCACAGCAAGGCAUGGUUAUCUGGCCUCGUGCACACGAGGGCGACAAGCACGGGGGGCGCCGCGGCGUUGAACGUUCUCCGUAUAUAAGGCGUCCGGCGAAGAGCCGGGAGGUAGAGGCCGACGAGCGGGGAGGUCAAUGCGCGUGGCAGCCGCCCUGGCAGGAAGCGCGGGAUAGUGAAGAGGACGAGAAACACCGUCGGGACUCCAAGAAGAAGGAGAGUCUUUCGUUGUUUCAAGGUGUGUUGACGAAGCUAUUGGGCGCGGCAGAUGAGCAAGUCGAGAAAGCAGACAAACACGGCGUGUCCCGAGUAGCGGGGAGAGAAGCGCCAGGCGGAGAGCGAACAGGCGCCAUCGUGUUUUCUCGACAUCGAGGCGAAGACGGCAAGCGGAAAUCGGUUCUGAACGGACAGCGAGGCAAGCCAGGUGCCUCGGCUCUUCACCAACUGCCUCACCGAGCAGGGCCUCCUCGCGUGAUGGCCGCCAAAAGCGAAAGAGAAGACGAGUCAAGAAAAAUCAGGAGAAACGACAAGAGAUCCGAGAGCGACGAAGAGGAGUAUGAGCGCCGACGACCGAGUCGACGGGCUCCCGACCUUUUCAGAGUAGACGACAAAGGACGCGAAGACAGGAGGAGGGAAGACAGAGGUCGAGAAGAGAGAAAACCGGAAGACAGAGGUCGAGAAGAGAGAAAACCUGAAGACAGAGGUCGAGAAGAGAGAAAACCGGAAGACAGAGGUCGAGAAGAGAUAAAGUCCGAAGACAGAGGCCGAGAAGACAGGAAGAGGGAAGACAGAGGUCGAGAAGAUCGCAGGGAGGUGAAGGAGAGAAGGUCGACGAUGCAGCGUGGAGAGCGACUCGAAGACGAAGAAGUCCGAAGUCGACCAGAUGUUUUGCCGAGAGACAGGCGGGCUUUGUCAAGGAGCGCUGCAGCUACAGAAAGCAAAGACACCCGUCGCACAAAUGGGAUGCCAGCGGCGACGGCAAGAAAGAGGUUUUCAGAGUCCCGAAGAGUGAAUGGAAGAGCGGAAAUGGAGUACCCGAGGCGAGUUCGAAGCGACGGCGGAGUCGACCUCAGUGAGGGCGAGACACCCCGUCGGUUUGGAGGAGACGCGAAAAGAAGAGACGUGCUUAGCCGGCCUGCCCACUCAGCGCACACCUCUGAGGGUUCGUGGGCGAGGAAAACGGAGAGGCUGGGGGUUGAGGAAGACGAAGAAGUCGACGUCGCGGCCACUUUUUCAGAUGGAGAGGAGAGGACUUCCCCUCGACGAACAGACUUCGCGUCGCGUCUCGAGCGCAUCGAAUCGACUGCCGACACGCAGGCGGACGAGACUUCGGCUGCGCCGUCGGCUGCGCCAUCGGUGCGAGACGAAGGCGAAACCGACUUCUCCGAUCAAGUCUCGCUAGAAGACACAGGGUUCCGCGAAUCAGAGACCGACGCGAGUUCGCCAGUCCGCGGAUCCGCGGAUGCAGGACGGGGAAUCGAGAGGCGAGAGCGGGUGACUCCAGCCCCGCCGCCGAUCUCUCCGUACUACUACGAAGCGGGAGGCGCGGGAGGCGUGCGGCGGUUUGCGUCUCGAACAGUGGCUAGCCCGCUAGUUCGGUCGGUAGCUCCCAGUCCACAGUCUUCGCCGCGUGCGUCAUUAACCCGCCUCGAGUCCAGAACUUUCCUAGGCACGGUCGAGUCCCCGCGACCGGGGCGACGAAGCCCUAGGGGCCGCCACCCAUCGCACUCACGGGCCAACGGAAGGAACCGCGCGUCACGCCCGGGUUCCGGAAAAACGGGUACCUUCGCAAGAUCGCUGAGCCGGACGCUCGCCUCUCCCCUCGCGUCCGCACGGAGUUCAACGGGGAUUUUCGGACCGAGGCGGAUGCUUUCUGUCGCUUCCCGCGGCAGCUGGGAAGGAGACGGAAGCGUGUGCAGUCAAGACGGACGGGCGUUUUUCGAUGAAGAAGAGAGCGACUACCACUCGCGACAACGUGUCUCCCCACUCGACAUCUCCCGAAUGAGGCGGUGAAAAACUGUUUGUCGUAAAAACCUCAGCCUGAAUUGUCUGGUUCCUUCAGAAAUGGUUUAGCGUGUAGCCAGCGACAGGCUGGCUGCUUGUGGUCGAGAGAAUGCGACGCUGACAGUCCGGUGGCAGAAAACGGUCAAAGUAUGCUGGGAAUAGGCACCAGGGACACAACGUAGAAAAACCGUCAUUGAGUAGUUUUCCACAGGUAGAUUCACUGGCAGAGAAAAAGGGCAGCCUGUUUGACCGAGAGUAAAAAAUUGGACGUGGCGUCGCUGCCACACACAUUCAUCUGAGCUCUGAGAAUCACAGCCAACGAUGGUACGAGAUUCCUGAAAGAAUCGCAUAUUCGAAGAGGUAGAGACGAACGGAAGGCAGCAGACGACGCCGAACGGGUCUGCGUCUCAUGCAAGGAAUCCACAGGGGGCGCAUCGAUGCCCGGAAAUCCGCAUGUUACCGGCUAGUAAAACUAGGCAUCGUUUCGGUAGAUUGUGUGUGCCUUGAUGUCUUUUUCACUGGAGACGAUUUUGUGGAGGUUUGGCGCAUUUCAGAGACAAAGGCAAACUAAGAAUUCG